AUGAGUGGACGAGCUCUACGAGGGAUCCACAAGCUGAGCACCAUCUCUGAGCAGGAAGGGGACAGUGGCGGGGGCUCUGUGGACUCUACUGAGGAUGAGGGGUUUGCCAGAUCCAGCAGCAGUAGCAGCCUCUCCAGUGACUCAUUUCAGCCCAGCAUAGGAGAGGACUGUGCAGCUAUCAUACUGACCUGUCUGUUCUGCCAACCGUCCGAGUUCUUCCGCAUUGUGCCGCUUGCAUGCAAGAGGGCCGUGGACCGAUGUUUCCCUUCCUGCAAGUAUGUGUUUGCCGCAGCGGAACCCGUUCACGACGACUGUUGCAGCUGCAAGUUGGACUUGGACUGCAACAUACUGGGCUCCUGCCACGAGGCCACCGAGGUCCUGGAACUGGCGCUGGAGAUCUCUGAAGUCUGCCACCACUGA